AUGUCUCAACCCAUCGAUGAAACUCGGUCGAGCCUUGGCUCGUCUCCUGGUCGAGCGCUCAAUCAUGAGAGCAGCGGUCCGAAGUCUAUGCUUGAGAGUGUUCACAGCGUCGAGUCUCGAGUCGAUAACCCGCGCAAGAAGAUCAAACUGGGCGCUGAACCUGAACAGCAAGACUUUAAGAAGGCCAGCACGUUUGCACAUCGUCCGACGAACAGCAUCAUUGGUGAGUAUAUGCGGCCUGAUGCUGAAAAGGUCGCCGAAGCCACCAGGAAUAAUCUUGUCGAUCUGACGAAUGACGAUGAUGACGGGGACGACGAUAUCGAGAUUGUCGCCUCACGGACUGUUGAUGAUCAAGAGGUCUGCUACGGACACGUUGCUACCACUGCGUCGGCAUAUCUCAUUCCCAGACCUAAAGCCGACUCUCUACUUCAUCGAGAGAACGAAUGGCCUGUCAUGAAAUGUACCCUGGUCCGUAUCCCGUCGAAAGACACAGUCAUCGAUGUAGUCGAUCCCUGGAAGACGACGUUCGCAAAGGUCAAUCAUGAUUUCGCCGCCGCCCUUGCACCUGCUAUGGAUGGUCUCAAGGGCUUUCGGACGCAGGCCAGACUGGUAAACCGCCGGAAGAAGCCAGAUGAAUGGGCUCACCAACCUUGUUCGGAACAGCUGAGAAUGGUGGUGAAUCUAUAUGGGCGAAGAGGGGACGCUGAUAAAGUUGGAAAGCAUUUUGGACAGCACAAUUUCUGGUUCAGACCGCCAAUGGCGCCCGAGCCUGGAGUGCCUAUUGUCAAUCCUCAUGCUCAACGAUAUGCUCUCACUCCGCCGGUCCGCAACGCCGGUCCAGGCCGACUCCUUCCCGAUACACGAACUUUGGAAGAGGCGACCGAGGCAGUCUCGAAACUCUUUGAUUCCUUUGCCAAUGCAGCUGCCCCUCUAGCCGAGACAGACCCUCCUUCGGUGUUGAUUAUCACGCCUCUGCUCAGUCAUCAGAAACAGGCGCUCACCUUUAUGCUGAUGCACGAACGACCAAGGACCUUCGGUUCGAAAGAGUCGGAGAACUCGUCACUGUGGAGGCGCAAACAAUCCAGAUCCGGUGCCACAACGUACCACGAAGUCGUGACGGGUAUAUCUGUCAAAGAGGAGCCGGAGCAGGUGCUGGGCGGCCUCCUAGCCGACGUCAUGGGUCUAGGAAAGACCCUUCAGGCUCUCUCACUGGUUGCGAGCACGGCAGAGGAAGCCAGGGCAUUUGCUCAAGAGAAGGUGGUUCGUGACGACCAAAACAUGUUGCUGGCCAACAGUAAUGCCACCUUGAUCGUGUGUCCAACCAGCACCGUCAAGAAUUGGGAGGACCAGAUCGGUCAACACAUCCGACCUGGAACGAUGGCAUACUACGUUUACCAUGGACCCGGUCGAGAACGAAAUCCCUACAUCCUCUCGAAGUACGACAUUGUUAUAGCAACAUACGGUGUUGUGGCGUCUGAAUUCUCUGGCAGAAGCCAGGCCAGCCCCUUAAAGCAACUAAAGUGGUUCCGAAUCAUUCUUGAUGAAGCACAUACGAUUCGUGAGCAAAAGGCCAUGCAAUCGCAGGCGAUCUUUAGCCUCGAGGCCCAGCGUCGAUGGUGUCUAACCGGCACCCCGAUCCAGAACCGUUUGGACGACCUCGGGUCCUUGACUAGGUUCCUACGCCUUUUCCCUUACGACACAGCUAGCCGGUUCAACCAAUAUAUCAGGGGUCCGGCACAGGCCGGCGAUCCGGGCUUUUUAAAGGCGCUGCGAGUUUUUGUCGACUCAUUCACUCUCCGUCGUCUCCGGGACCGUAUUGAUUUACCGAAGAGGGAAGACUUUGUGGCCAAACUAGAGUUCUCGCCAGAAGAAAGACAACUACACGACUUCUUUAAAGACAUCGCACACGUCCAAAUCCGCGAACUGGCGCAGACCAAGGAAAAGAACAGCGGGGUUCAGCACCAUGUGCUUCGUGGAAUCAUGACCCUCAGGUUGAUUUGUGCCCACGGCCGAGACUUGCUCAAGGAAAAAGAUCUGGAGAAACUCAAGGGUAUGAGUGCGCAGGAAGCCAUCGACGUGGAUGGAGAAGACGCUCUCCCAACUAUAUCGAGACGGGCAGCCUACGAAUCUCUCAACCUGAUGGCUGAGGCCCAGCUGGACAAUUGUCGAAAGUGUGAAAAGAGAAUCGGCAGCGAAAGUGCGCAGACUGAGGCCGAAGACGAAGAACAUGGGAUCCGGUGCUACGUCUUACCCUGUUUCGACCUGGUGUGCGCGGAUUGCUUCGAGCCGGAGAAAGCGGCGUUCGAUAGCUUGUCGAACAAGGAUCCGACCAUGUGUCCGUUUUGUUCGGCACGGAUUGCUGCUCAGUACGUUGGAUUUAGUGGAUCUACGGCACGAGAAGUAUAUCUUGCGCCGGACGAUGAUAUCGCGCCGGACGAGGGCGAUGGCAAUGGUAAAAUCGCCCAGGUGUACAGCGGUCCUCAUACGAAAACCCGAGCUCUGCUGCAGGAUAUUGCGGUCAUGACAGAAGAGAGCAAGGUAUUGGAGGCUGCUGGAGAACCACCGUUGAAAUGCGUGGUCUUCUCCGAGUUCACUUCGCACCUCGACCUUAUUGGAAAGGCGCUCACUGACCGUGGGUAUUCUUUCGUCCGUAUCGACGGCACCAUGUCUCUCAACAAUCGCAAGCUCGCCAUGGAUGCGCUCGCCUCGGACAACAGUAUAACGAUCCUGCUAGCAUCCAUCAAAGCAGCUGGACAGGGACUGAAUCUCACGGCCGCAUCACGAGCCUUUAUCAUGGAGCCGAUGUGGAACCCAGCCGCCGAGGCGCAAGCCGUCGACCGCAUUUACCGAAUUGGGCAGAAAAGACCCGUGGUGGUCAAGCGGUAUCAAAUCGCGGACAGCAUCGAGGGCAAGAUCGUCGAGCUCCAGAAACGAAAACAGCAGCUAGCAGAUGUGUCAAUGAACCAGAACCACAAGCAGCUGAGCAAGCAGGAAGUGCGUGAGCAACAUAUGAAGGAGAUUUUGGCGUUAUUCAAAUGA